AGGGACCAGAACGUUGUAUUCUGUUUUGUACAGUCAACAAUGGCUUCUCAUUCUUUAACCUCAAACAGUAUUAGACUCCAAAUUCAGUUUUCAUCCAAACCCCAAUUGAAUUCAGCUAUCAAAUCAUCUUAUCUUUUUAUAUCAAGAAUACCAACAACCAGAUUUCCUUCACUAGUUUGUUCCAUGGGUUCUUCUUCUUCAUCAUCACAGAAACCAGACUCCACUAUCCAAGAGUCAGGAAAUACGGAUUUUAAAUCUGUAAGUGAUCAAGAAUGGAAGAAGAAGCUGACUGGAGAGCAGUUUUAUGUAACUAGACAGAAAGGCACAGAAAGGGCCUUUUCUGGGGAAUAUUGGAACACUAAAACUCCUGGGGUUUACAAUUGCAUCUGUUGUGACACUCCACUAUUCGAGUCAUCCACCAAGUUUGACAGUGGAACCGGUUGGCCAUCAUACUAUGAACCAAUUGGAGACAAUGUGAAGUCAAAGCUAGACCUAUCAAUCAUUUUCAUGCCUCGCCAAGAAGUUGUAUGUGCAGUUUGUGAUGCUCAUCUUGGUCAUGUUUUCGAUGAUGGUCCUCCACCCACCGGCAAACGUUACUGCAUCAAUAGUGCUUCCUUGAAAUUGAACCCAAAGUAGGACUUCCAAAGAACACAAACCAACAACACAUGACAGGACAAGGCAUUUUGCUCUUGUACUUUUCAGUCUUUUUUCUUUUCUCUGUUGUAAAUGUACGAGUCAAGAAUUGGCAUACUAUGAAUGAGAUGGACUGGUAAGUCGAUAUACCAAAUGAGCAUAUGUUUUUGUUUAUAUACGGACAUACAUAUAUCAGACCAUUAUAUAUGAAAGUUACAUAUAUGUUUUACUA